AUGCAAAUACGUAUGAAUGUAUCUAGUCUGGAAGAAUGGGCCCGAACGAACAAUCGGCAACCUGAGCAUUAUGAACAUGGUUCUAUGACUUCUAGUGGAGAAAUGACUGUUGAAGCAACGCGGCGACAUCUCGCACCUUUAGUUCAGUUACUACAAUGGUUACAAUGUUUCUCAUCUUUGGGACAAGAUGAUUUGGAAGCACUUGUUGGAACAUUACAACAACUCACGCGACUUACGCCUCAACAACUAAUACAUUCGGUAAAACAUUAUCGAGCCGAAGUUGGAGAAAAGGGUUUACCAAAAAGCGCCAUGAACUAUUUAAUCAAUCUACAAGAAGAGCACAGAUUAAGAAAAGAACGUCAAAAACGCACUUCUCAAGGUCUACGCAUGAGUGCGCCAUCUACACCAGCUAGAAAGGGAAGUAGCAAACCCUUACCUGAUACCCCUGAUUCGAACGGUCGUGGUGGAAAACCUCAAUCUCUAGAUUAUGAAUCGUUUGAGGAAGAUGACGAUGCACCCGAAAAUCUUCUUUUAGAUCCAGCUCUUAUGCUACCAUUUUCAUUACCCUCGAGUACGGAUAUGUUGAUUAGUUAUGGAGCGGGAUUUGGAGGGGUGAAUAGAGAGAGAGAAAGAAAAUAUAUACCGACUGUUCCUCCGGAGUUUUUGGCAAAGUUGGAUUUGAGUGGGGGAAGAGCACAUUCAACGUAUCAUGAGAGAGAUUGGGAGAAUGAGGAACUUUGA